AUGAAGGCGGCAGUUCUCCUUUCCUUGGCGGUAUGGGUUUUUGCACCAACAACCGAAGCUUUGAGCUUGGGGUUAUGCUCUACGACCAACUUAGGGUCUGACAUGUCGACUGAUGAAUUUAUGUCCAACGGAAAGUGUCACGAUACUUGCCAAUCGAACGGAAAUGCUGUGGGGAUCGUACAAGGGACCUCUUGUUGGUGUUCUAACUAUGUCCCUGAGGAUACAGUUUCUUUGUCUAACUGUGACGAUCCUUGUCCGGGUUUCCCAUCAGAGGACUGUGCUAGUAAUGGAUACUAUGGCUACAUCGUCAUAUCAACCCCUAGUGGUACUCAGGGUUCUAAAAGUGCUUCGAGUACCCAAGAUUCUGGCAACGCCAGUACUAGUGCUAAGGAUUCUAGUGAUAACAGUUCUACCGACCAAGAUGAUCUGAAUCCAUCUACUUCACUGAAAGACAGUUCGCCAGGUACCACGUUGGUGACUCAGACGACCCUUGUCACUCAGACCCAAGAAAGGAGCGAAACUACAGAAACAACAGUAUAUAAUACUCAAGAAACAAGUAUGAUGGUCAUUUCACUGAGCCAAUCUUCUGCUUCACCCUCAACUUCGAGCUCCUCGAGCUCGACGCAAUCAAGUUCCAGCUCCAAGACAAGCAAGAAUGUUCAUCCCACUACAAUUUAUUCUGUAAAAACUAUAGAAAACUCCCAGUCAGAAAUUGUUAGGACAAAGUACGUUACCAAGCUGACAGAUGAUAGUGACUCUGUAUCUACACAAUCAGCAUCCUCAGACUCUUCUUCGAACUCAGCUUCACCUUCAGCAAGUUCAUCAGGAGCGGAUCCUACUUCUGCAUUAUCAUCAUUGCAUCCCUCAUCAAACCCAUCUCUGUCGCAAGAUAGCGGAGCAUCUAGUAGCGGGUCAUCAGAUGCUCAAAAUAAGAGUUUUUUCGAUUCAAAGGGUAAGGUAGCGGGCACAUUCACAGCUGUUGGCGUUGUAGUUGUUGGUAUACUAUCCGGAAUAUUAUAUUGCUGUUGUGCAUCCCAUGGCAAGCACGAUGACUACAGCGAUGAAGAAAACCAAUACUCAUCGGAUGAAGUAUCGACUACCGUAGAGAAAACAGUUGCUGACUCCAAGGGUGCUGAAUCUUUAAAGAGAAACGAUUCCUCGAAGUCGGUAUUUGCGAUGUUUUCCCCGAAUCCUAACUCAGGCGUCGGCAGAAGUCAAUCAAAAAAGAAACUCAAUCCCAAUAAACAUUCCAGAUCUGAUUCCGGAAAUUUAGCAAAUAUGGAACCAAUGUUUCCUAUAACGGAAUUUGAUUCCAGAUUGGACCCUGAUAGCAUGUUUUUAAACACAAAUGAGAGCCGGAAGUCUUUAGGUGAUGAUAUAGAUUAUUCAAGGAAGUUGAAGAUUAUCAACCCUGAGUAG